AUGGCAAGAGCCCUAGGUCUGGCUGUGUUGCUUCAGCUGCAGCUUGGUACAGCCACGAAGCUUGUGUGUUACUUUACCAACUGGUCUCAGUAUCGUCCAGACCCUGCCAAAUACAUGCCAGAGAAUGUGGACCCCUGCCUGUGUACCCACCUCAUCUAUGCCUUUGCCACUAUGGUCAAUAAUAAGAUCGCACCCUAUGAAUGGAAUGAUGAUGUCCUCUACCCCCGGUUCCAGGCCCUCAAGCAGCAUAAUGAAAACCUGAUUACGCUCCUGGCGAUUGGCGGAUGGAACUUCGGUACACAGAAGUUCACCACCAUGGUUGCCACAGCUGGCAACCGUAAGAUUUUCAUUGACUCCGUGAUUGAGUAUCUCCGGCUGCAUGGGUUUGAUGGCAUCGACCUCGACUUUGAGUACCCAGGGUCCCGGGGCAGCCCUCCUGAGGACAAGCAACGUUUUACCAUUCUGAUCGAGGAAAUGUUAGCAGCUUUUGAAGCUGAAGCCCAAGCCACAGGACACCCCCGUCUGCUGAUCUCUGCAGCUGUAUCGGCAGGCAAAGGAACCAUUGAUGCUGGUUAUGAAAUUGCCAAGAUCGGCAAGUGA